AUGGCGGUCGAGGGCCUGGAAGAGUUAUCCCGCGUCCUCCUCCCCGCUUCCAUUCGAGGGCCUCGACCGCUGGAGCCCGCGGCGAGAUCCAGACUGAUUGGCCACCGCCGCCCAGGGAGGCGCGCCCGCUUCCCUGCUGAAGGGGCCGUUGCUAUGUUAUACCACCACCCUGCCCAGGGUUUUGAAUUCUCACCACCAUCACACGGGGGUGCGAUCAACUGCUGGUGGUGGUGUCUGUUUGGAACUACUGACGCCGUCUUCCCGAUCAAGCACCAGAGAAGCUUGAGAUGA